AAAUAUGGAAACUAUUCAAACACAACAAGAAUAUUCUAUAGACUUCCUCCAAGAAGAAUUUAAACUACUAAAAUAAUUAAUUAAAUAAUCUAAAUAAGGUACAUCUAAAGUAAUUAAUUUUAAAACACCUUAAGAUUUAGAAAAUCAUAUAGACUUAAAUAUACCAUAAUAACCCACUUCAGAUUAAUAGAUUCUUGAUUUUCUACAAAAAGUAGGUGAUUUAAGUGUAAAAACAUCAUCAGUUCAUUUUUAUAAUAAUUUGUUUGGAGGAAUAAAUGAAUAUUCUUUAUCUGCGGAUUAUUUAACAUCAACAUUAAACGGUACUAUAGGAAAUAUGGAAACAUCAAGUCUAUAUAGAAAAAUGGAAAAUAUUCUUUUUAAAACAAUAGCUUAAAAAUACCUUAAAUGGGAGUCAUUUUCUGGUAUAUUUUCCUCAGGAGGAUCACAAGCUAACUUUUAUGGAAUUGAAUUAGCUAAAUACUGGAAAUUCCCAGAAAAAAAAUAUACAUGUAUAUAAAAUUUGCCAGAAAUAAGAAUAUUUACAUCAGAAUUAGGACAUUAUAGUCUCGAAAAAGGUUCUAUAUUAAUGGGAUUUGGACAAGACGCAAUAAUAAAAGUCUAAAGUGAUAAAUAAGGUAGAAUAAUACCAGAAGAACUUGAAAAAGAAAUAUAGAAUUGUAUCAAAUAAAACUAUACACCUUUAAUUUUAAAUUUAACCUGCGGAACUACUGUAUAUGGAGUAAUUGAUAAAAUAAAUGAAUGUGUAUAGAUUGGUAAAAAAUAUAAUAUGUGGAUACAUAUCGAUGGUUGCUGGGGCGGUCAUAUGCUUUUUUUAGAUGAAAUAUUUUAAAAAAAUUCACUAGUUUCUACUUGUGAUAGUUUCGCUUGGGAUGCUCAUAAGCUUUUAAAUGUUCCAUAAUAAUGUAGUAUGCUUAUUACCUAACAUACGGAUAUUUUAGAAUAGACAAACGGUGUAGAAUAAGGUUUUUUUGAUACUGAAGACGGAGAAUAUAAGGAAAACAAUCUAGAUUAGGUAGAUUAAAUGAAUUAGUAUUCUAAACAUGUAGACGUUUUGAAAAUUUGGGUUUAUUGGAUGCAUUAUGGCAGUAAUGGUAUUGAAAAAUUAAUUAGGGAUGCAAUUGAUACUGCUUAAUAUUUUAGUAGUUUGGUUAAAUAACAUAAGAAUUUUGAACUUAUUUUAGAACCGGAAUAUGUUAGUGUUUCAUUUUUUUAUUUUCCGGAUUCUUUUUUAAAAAGAAAGGAAAAAGAAUAUGAUAAUGAAAAUUUUUGGAAUGAAUUACAUAAAAUACCACCUAUUAUUAAAGGAAAAAUGGUAGAGGAAGGCUGCAUGAUGGUUGCUUAUUAAAAAUAAGAUUAAAAAUAAUAUAAAAAAAAAAACUUUUUUAGAAUUAUAUUUACUGUAGAUAAAGGAAAAGAAGAUGCUAAAUAUGCAUUUUAAUAAAUACAUAGACUAGGAUAGAAUUUAUGA